UAGUUUUGCAUUAAUUAUCAUUUGCCAUGAUUUGUUUUGUAUUUACACUUUUAGCCCCAUAUAUUUCCCAAUCAUUAUUAUUCUUCACCCUCCAUUCUCAUAUUUUCUCACUAUCGUAACAGGAUAGUACUGUAUACAUUUUCCAGGAAAGUUCAUAAUUUUCCUGGAAAAAUUUCUGAUUCAAUUCAAGCCCAGUUUUCCAUUCCCUCAUACCAGAAAACCCAUUUCAGAAUUUCAGCGAAAUCUAUAAAUAAAUCAGGAAAAAAGAAUAUAAUUUUGCUUCUGAAUUCGUAUUUAUCCGAUGGGGCAAGGGCAAUCCAAAGACGAGUUGCUCUUCCAGCAAGUCAGUUAUGGGAACAUCGAAGGAAUCAAAGCCCUUCACAGAGAAGGUGCGAGCCUAGAGUGGAUGGACAAAGAAGCGAAGACCCCCUUGAUUGUUGCUUGUAUGAAUCAUCAGCUUUAUAAUGUUGCUAAAACUCUGAUAGAACUUGGAGCCAAUGUCAAUGCAUACCGUCCCGGUCGUCAUGGUGGGACUCCGUUGCAUCAUGCAGCUAAAAGGGGCCUUGAAAGUAUUGUUAAGUUACUCCUUUUGCAUGGAGCCAAUCCUUUAGUCUUGAAUGAUGAUUGUCUAACUGCUCUUGAAGUUGCCAGGGCCAAAGGGCAUGGCAAUGCUGUUCGUGCAAUUGAGAAUCAUCUAUGCUUGUUCUGUGGUUGGUUGCGGGAGUUUCAUGGACCUGGGUUUCUAGAAGUAGUAGCUCCUCAGUUGGUAUCAAAGAAAGUUUGGGUGGUUGUUUUACCAGUUGGCUCCCGUAAUCUUACCAGACCCUACAAGUUGGAGCUUGCCAUUUAUUCUACUUUGCAGGAUGCACGACCACGUACAAUUAUUGCACUGUGGAAGGCCAAUUUACAAGAACCAAAGCUUCACCAGUCUGAUCCAUCAGUGACAAUUGUUGAUAACACUACUAAAAGUGGUAGAUGUAUGUGUGCAGUUAAGAGAAAAAUUGGCGGAGAUAAAAGGAGAAAUUUAAGGGAAGAUGAAAAAACACGUGUUAAACUUGGGCCUGCAAGUGAAAAUGACAGGCAACAACUUACAUGGUUUUCUAAUGCUUGCAAAGGAAUUCCACAGACAAGUCCAGGAUUCUUGCAAAAUAGUGUGGCUACAAUUCCACCCACAGCACCACCAGCUGCAGAAGACCCGGACUUGGCUAUGGCUAUUAGUGCAUCCCUUCAGUCUGCCAUGCAGGAGAGGCCACCCUUUCCUGAUGCCCAGCCUAACUUUGAAGCAAGCUCUUCAAGCAGUGCAGUGAAUACAGGCAAGCAAGGUUUUCUGGGUACACCAAAUCAAAGUACAAGUGAUAGUGAGUUAGUACAUGAAGCUAACCCGGGUGGCGUUGGGCAAGCUGAUGCUGGUUUCGAUUUGGAUCCAUCGGCUCCCCCAAUUGCUGAUGAAAUUCCAACGGAUGGCCCCAUUCAUUAUCCAUCAAUUGAUUUAAGCCCUGUCGAUAUGUCAUCUCCAGUUGCUGAGGAGCUACCUAAAGAAGAAGAAAAAAAUGCUAGUGGAAGUGGUUCAUCAUGUGUGAUAUGUUUAGAUGCUCCAGCAGAAGGGGCAUGCAUACCCUGUGGCCAUGUUGCUGGAUGCAUGUCUUGCUUAAACGAGGUGAAAGCAAAGAAAUGGGGUUGCCCUGUAUGUCGAGCUAAAAAGAAGCGUUUAGUUGCUUCCAUUUGUGUUGUGGCAAUUUUUCUUGGUUUUCUGUAUGUGUAUGGUGGAUCCAUCUUUGGUUCUCAGAAUGGUAGUUCAUCUGCUCUCGAAUAUGGCAGCAGAUCAUUGAAAAGACUUGGCUCAUCAUAUUUGGGUGCAGAGGAUGAUACUGAUGGGAAGCAAGCUGAAUCUUUAUCAAGUUUCAGGCAGGGAUAUGGGGAGGAUGAUAUUGUUCCAAAGAGUUUCCCUGUUUGUGAUGAUCGUCAUAUGGAGUUGAUUCCCUGCUUGGAUAGACACCUUAUCUAUCAAAUGAGGAUGAAACUGGACCUGUCUGUGAUGGAGCACUACGAGAGACACUGUCCUCCUGCAGAAAGGCGGUACAAUUGCUUGAUUCCUCCACCAUCAGGAUACAAGAUCCCUAUUAAGUGGCCACAGAGCAGAGAUGAAGUGUGGAAAGCAAAUAUCCCACAUACUCACCUUGCUCAUGAGAAGUCUGACCAAAAUUGGAUGGUUGUAAAAGGUGAAAAGAUAGUGUUUCCUGGUGGCGGGACUCAUUUUCACUAUGGAGCUGGCAAGUACAUUGCAUCAAUUGCAAAUAUGCUUAACUUUUCAAACAAUAAUCUAAACAAUGAAGGAAGGUUGCGAACAGUGCUUGAUGUUGGCUGUGGGGUUGCAAGUUUUGGAGCAUAUCUUCUUUCAUCAGAUAUCAUUGCAAUGUCCUUGGCACCAAAUGAUGUGCAUCAAAAUCAAAUCCAAUUUGCCCUAGAAAGAGGAAUUCCUGCAUAUCUUGGUGUCUUGGGAACUAAGAGACUCCCUUACCCAAGCAGAUCUUUUGAACUUGCUCAUUGUUCUCGUUGUCGAAUUGAUUGGCUUCAAAGAGAUGGAAUACUACUACUUGAACUAGAUCGCUUGUUAAGGCCAGGAGGUUAUUUUGCAUACUCAUCCCCAGAAGCAUAUGCUCAGGAUGAAGAGGAUCUAAGGAUAUGGAGAGAAAUGAGUGACCUUGUGGGGCGUAUGUGUUGGAAAAUAGCUGCAAAAAGGAACCAAACUGUCAUCUGGCAAAAACCUUUGACAAAUGACUGCUAUAUGGAAAGAGAGCCUGGUACUCGUCCUCCUCUUUGCCAAUCUGAUGAUGACCCAGAUGCAGUUUGGGGAGUAAAUAUGGAAGCUUGCAUAACACCUUACAGUGAUCGUGACAACAGAGCCAAGGGUAGUGGAUUAGCUCCGUGGCCUGCAAGAUUGACUAGUCCUCCUCCUAGAUUAGCUGACUUUGGCUAUUCAAAUGAAAUGUUUGAAAAGGACACGGACCUAUGGCAAAAGAGAGUUGAAAAGUACUGGAAUCUCUUGGGUUCCAAAGUCACAUCAAACACAUUGAGGAAUAUUAUGGAUAUGAAAGCAAACAUGGGUUCUUUCGCAGCUUCUCUUAGAGACAAGGAUGCUUGGGUGAUGAAUGUUGUAACUAAGGAUGGGCUAAACACACUUAAGCUUAUAUAUGACAGAGGCCUCAUUGGCACUACUCAUGACUGGUGUGAAGCAUUUUCAACAUACCCCCGGACUUAUGAUUUACUUCAUGCAUGGACUGUCUUCUCUGACCUAGAAAAGAAAGAUUGCAGUCCAGAGGAUCUAUUAAUUGAGAUGGAUCGCAUGCUUAGGCCUACUGGUUUUGUGAUCAUCAGGGAUAAACAACCUGUGAUUGAUUUUGUUAAGAAGUACCUUAGUGCUUUGCACUGGGAAGCAGUUGCAACUGCAGAUUCCAGUUCUGACUCUGUCCAGGAUGGUGAUGAAGCUGUUCUUAUCAUCCAGAAGAAAAUGUGGCUCACUAGUGAAAGCUUCAGGGAUACAGAAUAGGACAACCAUUAUAUUUUCAUUUUCUUAUAUAUUAUUAUCUGUAGCUACAAGGGAUCAAAGCAGGUCCCAAGUGGUGAAGCAGUAAACAACUUCAUUUUGUAGCAUUACGUAAUGUUCUCUUUUCAUUUGUUUUCCUUUUGAUUCUCAUUUCUGGGGUAAUGAUUCAUGUGAUUAAGGCAUAGGCAUCACGCUUUUAUAGGCUAUUCAAAAUUUUGCCUGCAUUGGGGGAUUACUGGAUUAUGUAAGCUACUUAAAUCAAGACUUAGUAGACUUGAUAAAAUAGAUUACCACUUGUCACUUAUAAGUUAUGUAAUAUAUAUACACAAGCCUCUUCUGCUCAUGAUUUCAUUUCGGCUUGCCCAAUCACUGAACAGCCAGAAGCCAAGAAAUAUCUAUAUAAUAUUUCCUCGACAUAACUAAUGCAUGAUUAUACAGUUAUGGUUUU